UGGACCGGAAGCAGUAUCCGUGCAGCGGCUCUCUCCUCAGCAUCCUCUCCUCCAGCCCGGAGUCCAGGAGAAGCUGCAUCAUCCCGGGAGCAUGGACGACGUCCCGCCGAUCAUCAUCAUCCAGAUCGCCCUCCGGAUCCAGCCGAACGACGGACCCGUCUUCUUCAAGGUGGACGGAAGCCGCUUCGGUCAGAGCCGAACCAUCAAGCUGCUGACGGGCUCCAAGUACAAGAUCGAGGUGGUGCUAAAGCCCGGAACCGUGGAGGCCACCAAUAUGAACAUUGGGGGAAUUAUCUUCCCUUUGGAGCAGCAGUCCAGGGAUGAAGAGUCAGUGGUUUAUCACGGCCAAUACGACACAGAGGGCGUCCCACAUACGAAGAGCGGGGACCGCCAGCCCGUCCAAGUCAGCAUUGAGUUCAACAAGGCUGGGACGUUCGAGACGGUCUGGCAGGCCAAGUACUACAACUACUACAAGAGGGAGCACUGCCAGUUCGGCAACAAGUUUACCAACAUUGAGUACGAGUGCAAACCCAACGAAACGCGGACCCUGAUGUGGAUCAACAAGGAGGCGUUCAACUGAGCCGGACGUCAGCAGGACACACCGUCCCCCGUUUGUUUGUCCAGGUCCUGAUGGUUGUUCUGUCCUACCAGCACCCCGAUCAAGUCAGCUGUUUGCCCUUCUGGUCUCCAAAUGAAUGAAGCUGUUGGUCACAAAGUAGCUAAAAUCAACACGAUGUUCACUGAAGACCAGAAAAAAUAACAGCUGAGUUCUGUUGAAAAGUUCUGAUCCAGUCCCUGUUCUUCUCCUAAGCAGCCAUUCUUCCUUGAACUGUUAAACUGGUGAACGGUUCUCCUGGGUUUCUGAAGUUACACAGUUCCUUCAGGGCGUUCUGGUUCUGCUUGGCAUGUCGGCUCACCUCCCUCACUGCUAGAGAUCCAUCCUUCCACCAUUGAGGACCACCAGAACACCCGUGACCUGGUUUUUCUGGCACCUUGGGAGAAAAAUCAAGACUGGAUGGGAACUUUUUACCAGGACUGGAUCAGAUUGUGGUCCACGAGGCAGAUGAUGUUUGAGUGUUCUGAUAAUUUAUUUGUAUGUUUUGGUUUAAAAUGAGAAACUCGCCUUUAAUAAUGGAAUCAUGGAAAAUAAAGGAGCUUCUUUGUUGAGCCUUGGAGCGUUUUUCCGGGACUAUUUUCAGCAGCGGAUGAAUCCCGUCGUCCUGUUGAACACCCCCAGGCUUCUUUUCCUUCAAACUGUGCUUUUCUGUCUGCUGCAGCUCCUGAUUUCUCUGCACUUGAAGCUACAUUUUGCCAAAUUUGAUCUGUUGCUUGUUGUUUUGUAUUUAGCUGUAGUGUAGCUGUGAAUAAAGCAGUGUCCUGAACAUCCAGAACCGGGUCCAGCAUCUCGGGGCGGUUCCUCAGAGUCUGUGGAACCUGAGUGGAUCAACCUGAUGGAUCUCUUCUUUUUCCUAAAUCUCUUAGUCAACAUGUCCUUAUGCCAAUGAAAAAAUAUAUAUAUCCUAAGAACCGUCACUUAAACAGAAUUUUUUAUGAAAUAAAUCAAUCAAAGGCAAUUGAGAAUUAAGCUAGCAGGGAUCAGGCCUGGUUAUUGUAUUGAUUACAAAACAAGCAGGUGUGUAAAAUCAAAAGAUCAAAAGUUUUCAUUAGAUUAAAUUCUCUGAUCUUAUUUAACCGGA